ACCGAUAUAAUUAACUUUAAAUAUUUUUAGCUUAUAAAAUAUUUAAUUUACACUGGUGAAAACGAUGUCCAAAAUAUGCUGCUGCAGUACUAUUAUUUUUAUUAUUAUAUGGAUGCAUGCUGUUAAAGGUGUUAAGGAACUUGUAUUUGUGAAUAUUGUGUGGCGACACGGUGAUCGGUCCUAUAUAAAGUCUUACCCCAACGAUCCGUACAAAAAUGGAAGUAUAUGGAAAAAUGGGCCAGGAGAGUUAACGAAUAUUGGAAUAAAGCAACAAUACGAACUUGGGAAAUUUCUUCGGUCACGAUAUGAUAUAAUUUUGAGCAAGGCCUACAGGCCACAAGAAAUUUAUGUAAGAAGUACUGACAAGGACAGAACAAUUAUGAGUGCUCAAAGUAACAUGGCUGGACUGUAUCCACCUGUAACAAGUGACGAGCUAUGGAAUGGGUCCAAUACUGAGUGGUAUCCUGUCCCAAUACAUGUUGUACCACUGGAAAGUGAUAAUCUCUUGAGAUAUCCGAUCAGAGGUUGUCCAAAAUAUGAGAAAGUAAUGCAUGAUAUCCAUAAUUCACCAUGGUUUAUAGCACAUGAAAAGAACUACUCAAGCUUUUAUGGCUAUAUUCAAAAAAAUACGGGCAGUACAUAUCGAUAUAACUUCUCAAACAUAUGGGAAGUAGAAGAUAAUUUAUUUUGCCUUAAGUCGAACAAUUUUUCUCUUCCACAUUGGGUGAAAAAUGAGGAUCUCCAAAAACUCAAAUUUCUGAAUUCUUUAGACAUGGGCGUCAUGUUUAGCGAUGUAGACUAUAAAUACAGAAGUGUUAUCUCUCAAAUGCAAGGUGGUGUUCUUUUGAAGGAAAUGAUACAGAACAUGACACAGCAUAUCAAUAAUAUUUCAAAAUAUUCCACCAUUGCUUACUCUGCUCAUGACACAACCUUAACUGCACUUCUUGUUACCCUGGGCAACUAUGAUUGGAUACAGCCUGAAUAUGCCAGUUGUAUCAUGAUUGAACUUUACAAAGACUCUGAUAAAUAUUUUGUGGAAAUCUUUUAUAAAAAAAGAAAUGGCACAAAGGCGCUAAAGUUUUUUAAUUGUAAUAUUUCUUGUCCAUUUGAUGAUUUUGUCACCAUAGCUAAACAAUUGAUUCCCGAUGAUUAUGGGAAAAUUUGUGGAAAGCACCAAGAGCCAUUUAGUUGUAAUAAAAUAGUCCUUAUUGCUGUUUGCUGUAUUCUUGCCUUGUUUAUUUUAAUUUUCAUUAUUUAUGUUUCAUGGAAAUGCUCCAAAAAAGCAAAACGUGACUUUCCCUAUAGCAUAGUUGAAACAACGGAUGAUGAUGGGCCAAUUUAGUAUUAAGAAGCUGUCCGCAAUCUCUAAUGAGGAAUUGAUAAUUCCAACCCCACAUAGUAUUGCCCCAGAUUAUGAGUGAGUAGCAAACAGUGAUUAGAGGACUUUGUGACUAUCUCAUGAAAAUAUCAUUCUAUAUCCCAUUAAGUUCUUGAACCAGAUUGUGAAGGUUUUUCCUUCCUGAGAGUAAAGAUAUAUGACCAUCCUUGUCAGCUUUAUUGUAUUAUUUUAUUUAUAUGAUCAUGAAAUUGUCAUUCUUAUUGAUCAUUUUAUUUGCAGUUUUAUUUAUGUCUGAUUUGUUUGCUGCCUGUGUCUUGUCUUACUAGGGACUCUUCUUAGGGGGCGUUCAAUCUUGAAGUCUUGACCCACUUCCGAUUAUAUUUCAUUAUCUAUCUGUCUAUGUCCGUUAUCAUGGUAAUAUUUUGGUGACUAGUAUUUACGUUCAUGUGCACAUUUACUAAAUUUUAAUAAUACAUAUUAUUUAUAGGAUGAAAA